AUCUAUCUGCAAUGGCCAUGGCCAUUUCCACUUGUUCAGAUUGUUCAUUUCCUUUGAUUAACUCUUCCAUCAAAUCUUACAAAUUUACCCUCUUUUCAUCAUGCAAAAACCUUCCCUUUUUUAUUCUCCCAACCUCAAAUCUUUCACUCUUUCAUGUAAAUUCUUCAGGUUAUCCAUCUCCAAUCCUGGAAGAUUCUUCUACAAAUUUGCCAAAUCCCAUGAUUGAAUCGGAUCAACAAUUUUCACCCAACAAUUUUGAUAGUUUUUUGUAUGGUUUGUUACAAGAUCCUCAAACACAACAACUAGCUUAUGAGUACUACAGCAAAGCUAAAGAAAAUCGAGAAUUUAGACCAGAAAAACCAACUCUAAAGCUUCUCAUCAGGUACUUGAUAAAAUCUAAGAAAUGGGGUCUCGUUAUCUCACUUUCUGAAGAUUUUAAAAUUUACAAUGUGUUUCCUGAUGCUAAUACUUGUUCCACAUUGAUUACUAGUUGCAUUUCUGCUAGAAAAUUCAAAGUUUUAAACAGUUUGCUUCAAGUUUUAAAAACAGAUGGUGAUAUUGCUGUAUUGGCUUUUGAUUCUGCAAUGAGAGGUUAUAACAAACUUCAUAUGUAUAGUAGCACAAUUACGUUGUAUGAGACAAUGAAAUCUGCUGAAAUUGUUCCUAAUUCUAGUUGUUAUUGUCAGAUUAUGGAAGCUUAUAACAAAAUUGGUGAUACAGAGAAAGUAGUUAGCUUGUUUCAUGAAUUUGAAGGUAGAAAAUUAGAUGCAACACCAUUUUUUACCAACAUUUAUAGACUUGUAUGCGAUUCGUUAGGGAAAUGUGGUCGUGCUUUUGAAGCUCUUAAAAUCUUCAGAGAUAUGACAAGGAAAGGUAUUUCUGAGGACUCUUGUAUAUACGCUUCUUUGAUAUGUUCUUUUGCAAGCAUUCGAGAAGUGAAGAUAGCGGAAGAGCUAUUCAAAGAAGCAGAAGAGAAGAGAGUGUUGAGGGAUCCAGAAGUGUUUUUAAAGGUUGUAUUGAUGUAUGUUGAACAAGGUUCAAUGGAAAAGACUCUUGACAUUGUUGUGUCAAUGAAGAAAGCAAAAUUGAAGGUUUCUGAUUGUAUAUUAUGUGCAAUUGUGAAUGGCUUCUGUAAAAAAAGAGGAUAUUGGGCUGCCAUUAAGGUUUAUGAACAACUCAUCUCACAAGGGUGCAGUCCAGGGCAAGUGACAUAUGCUUCAAUCAUAAAUGCAUAUUGCCGAAUUGGGUUGUAUUCAAAAGCAGAAAUGGUGUUCUCAGAAAUGCAAGAAAAGGGUUUUGAUAAAUGUGUUGUUGCAUAUUCAAGCAUAGUAGCAAUGUAUGGGAAAACAGGAAGAAUAAGAGAUGCAAUGAGGCUUGUAGCCAAAAUGAAAGCAAAGGGUUGUGAGCCAAAUGUGUGGAUAUACAAUUCUCUAAUGGACAUGCAUGGAAGGGCUAAGAAUUUGAGGCAAGUGGAGAAAUUAUGGAAGGAAAUGAAGAGAAGAAAAGUUGCAGCUGAUAAGGUGAGUUACACAAGUGUGAUAAGUGCAUACAAUAAGGCAAGAGAAUUUGAGAAAUGUGUGAAUUUUUACAAUGAGUAUAGGAUGAAUGGUGGGGUGAUUGAUAGGGCAAUGGGUGGGAUAAUGGUUGGUGUUUUCUCUAAACUCAGUAGGAUUGAAGAAUUGGUGAAACUUUUAAGGGAUAUGAAAUCUGAAGGAACAAGACUUGACGAGAGGCUUUACCAUUCAGCUUUGAAUGCUUUGAGGGAUGCUGGACUUCAAAUGCAAGUCCAAUGGCUGCAACAAAACUUUGAGGGGACUUAGCUACCCUACCUUUUUUUUUUUUUUUUUUAUGAA